AUGCUUCGAAACAUGUGGCCAAUAUCUAUUGUGAAUCCUGACGAGAUCGUGCAGUACCGUACCUCCAGCUACCUCAAGAGGCAGACGGAAGCUGCAACGAUGCCGUCAUCAGCCGAACUGAUGCGGAGACUGGAUGAAUUCGCAAGGCAGAACCCCAAAAGCAGGACGAGCAAAGCUCUGAAAGCAAAAGAAAUUUCCUUGGAAGCCUUAGCCGAAGCCAUCAGUCAGACAUGCAGCUUCGCUGAACCCUCGUCACUGGAGAAUCCGAAAGGGCUCAGGCAGUGGGGUGACGAUGUCAAGCAGUGGUACCUGUCAGAGGUCCAAGCUGACAGACAAAGGCAGAUGCAGACGAUUACCAUGAAGGUACUUGGGAUCCCUGCAUACUUUUCCAGACAGGUGGAAAACUUAUGCCUCAAGCUUGAAGAGCAAGGCUUGAUCGUCGAUCAGACGCAAGACAGCAGGAGCCUGAUCUUCAAGGCUCCCUUGAAGCCUGACCUUGUGCAGGCAGCGGAGAUCCCAGCAGUGAUCACCUUUGUCCGCAAUGAGGCGGCUGAGAAACUCUGGAAAGGAGAAGGUACCUUCAAGGUGGCAGGCAGGAGGAUCCUAGCAGUGAACCCAGCAGCCAACCCACCGAUCUCGUUCAAGAUGCGGCCAAAGAAGGAGAACAUGGGCAGAGUUGGAAUCCUAGCUGAGGUGGCCCAACUCCUGAUGCUCAACGAUUCGAGCACAGGUGACAUAUGUGAGAUCUACAGGCAGCUAUGCCUGAAGCAGGGAUUAGCGAUCAUUGAUCUGAUCCCAAAUGCGGGAAUGACAGUGAACCUCCCCCCCAAGAGGAACCUACCGCCAAAGAAGGUGUUCGCUGCGGUAGGAAUAGAAACAGUCAACCAGAACAGAGAGGUCGACUGGAUCGCAACGUGCUCGAGCCUUGAAGCAGCGGACAUCGUUCUUCAAGCAUUCGAUCGACAUGGAAAGGAUCGUGCAGGAGUCACUUUGGGACUGGUCUCAGAGAAUGACAAAAUACUGAAAUGGUUCUCAGUGCAGAUGGAAGCAACGGCGCUGCACAAGAAUAUGAAGAAUGCGGUGCGGCAAGAGGGCACGGCAAUGGCAACGGGAGCAGAGAUGCUGUGGAAAGAGACCUCCAACGGAUCCACCUCCAAUGCGAUCCAGAAACAGGGAUCUGGGAUGGUUGAAAUCCAAACGACAGCGAGCAGUCUGAACCUCCAAGUGUCGCCUCAGGCAACUCGCGAUCAGUCUAACCCUGAGGCCAGGUCACAAACGACGGGGACCAGAGCAGAAGGAACUGUGUGGAAAGAGAUCGAGCUCAGUUCCAUUAUCAAUGAAAUAAACCUCCCAGAUGCGGGAACGGACGUGGUCGUCGAAGAACUUAAGGAAACUAUUGCUGACGUAACUAGGAGCGAGCUGCAACAGCAAGGACAGCUUCAACUCCAUCUUGAUGACGCGGUGCAAGAGAUGGCUCCGGAGAGCCCAGGAAAUGCAUCCUUCCCCACGCUACAAGAGUGGGCUGAUAAGGGGGCCAACGCGGCAGAGAAUGCCGUGAGCAAGCGACUGCGUGAACGAGUCAGGGUGAUUGCAGGCAAGCAUACGUGGAAGGUAGCGAAACGCAAGAGCAGCGCUUUCGCACCAAAUGAGGAGAAGCCCUUGAAAACUGACCUUCUCUUCAUUGCUUUGAAUAAAUUCCUGGAGGAAACGGCGCUCUCCCUCGUAGGAAUGCUGGGAGACAGAAACGAAUUGAAACUUGUUUUGAGCAGUGAGAUACAGAUGGAAGACGCGCGAGUGGAAGAUGCACCCGAAGCAGGGAGCAGAGCGGUAGAAGUGGAAGAGAUGUCGCUUGACUCCUCCCCAACCGCGCCGCUUGACGCCUAA